CUCACAUUUUUCACCAAUCUGUGGACAGCCGUGGAUGUGUACAGAUGCGGAAGUACGAAUGGGCCCCCCCUGCUUGCUCUGUGGAUCGCUCUUGCUUGUCAACAAACGUCGUUCGUGUCCAACAAUUUAUGAAAACAAUUGAAUUAUCAUGGACUCCUACAUAAUGCAGUUAAGAAGAGUCUGGUUGAAUCAGGAUGGACUGGCAUUAGCAGACUUGUUGUCUCUACGUCACAAUCACGCAAACAUCCCCCAACUGAGCACUGAAUCUGCAAUGACGAAAGCAAUGGAGCAUUUAUCAGCUCCCUUCGAUGAUCUUGUUCUUCUUCAUUUGAAAACUCUCGCCUCUGCCAGUAAAGAAGAUGCGCGUGCAGCAUACCAUAAUCAGAGUGCAGUGGUCCAGAGCGUAACAAAAAUCCUCCAGUUGCAGAAGGAAGAGAACUGGAUGCUCCCUGUGAUGAACGUAGUCUGUCUUGAGCUGCGAUUAUUAGCAGUUCAGGCUGAAAAUUUGAAGAGUAAAAAUACAAAGCCUGGGGAAGUCCUCGAGAAGUGUGCAGAGUGCCUAAUGGGAUGUUUCAGGGUGUGUGCAGCUGACAACAGGAGCUCAGAGGAAGACACAAAACGAUGGGGCAUGCUGUCCCUCGUCAAUCAACUCUUGAAAGUCUAUUUUAGGAUCAAUAAACUGCACCUGUGUAAACCCCUCAUCAGGGCUAUUGACUCCUCGGUUUAUAAGGAUCAUUUCCCAUUGGCUCAGAGGAUUACGUAUAAAUUCUUCGUUGGGAGGAAAGCUAUGUUCGAUAGUGAUUAUAAAUCAGCUGAUGAAUAUCUCACCUAUGCUUUCGAACACUGUCACAAAGCCUCUUCAAAAAACAAGCGUCUGAUCCUGACGUACUUAGUCCCUGUAAAAAUGCUCCUGGGGUACAUGCCAAAGCAAUCCCUCCUCGAGAAGUACAGCCUGAUGGAGUUUUGGGAAUUGGUCGAGGCAGUCAAACGAGGAGAUCUCCGAAAAUUAGAGACAGUGAUGACGAAACACGAGAGUUUUUUCAUCGGAGCAGGAAUCUAUCUCAUCGUGGAGAAAUUGAAACUCCUGGCUUAUCGAAAUUUAUUCAAGAAAGUGUGGCUGGCGAUGAGCACCCACCAAAUUCCGGUGCAAAAUUUGCUGACUGCCCUUCAGAUGUAUGGAGUCGAAGACAUUGACAUGGACGAGACUGAGUGUCUAGUUGCAAAUUUAAUUUACGAGGGAAAGAUCAAAGGAUACAUCUCCCAUCAGCACAAGAAAUUAGUUAUUUCCAAGCAAAAUCCUUUUCCAAAUCUUUCUUCGAUAAUAUGAGAGUCUUCUAUGUCCGUUUUUGAAUGAGGCAAUCAAUACAGCAAUUAUUUAUACUUUUUAAAAAAUACUAUCUGCGUUUCCUGGCGCAAAACACGAAUGAAUAAACAAAUAUAAUUUUUUAUUUGUCGAUUUAUUUGUCGAUAUCACUUUUCUAUGCCAAUAAUAUCAUAAUCGCCGGCCAACGAAAGUGUUCAUUUCCAUGAUGUUAAUAAUUAUUAAGAAAGGUCAAGAGAUGUUGAAGAAAUAAUUACAACGUUAAUUGAACUGGACAAAACGGUAUCUCUAGUUGCAAAUUUAAUUUGAAAGGACAACACCAACGAAUACAUUUCUCAAAUCGUUCUUGAAUGAUAUAAGAUUCCUGUAUGUUGAUAUUUGAGCGAAACACUCCAUAAUUCAAUUACUUAUGAACAGAAAUCAAAGACCAACCCUUCAUUUGCAUAAUUUUUUAUUUAUCGAUUAUAUCACUUUUCUAUGCCAAUAAUAUCAUAAUACGUGAUAAAAAUAUCAUCGCAAUAAUCAAAUUCAUACAAGUGUUACAUAUUCAUAUUAAAAAAACGAAGAUGACGAGUAAAAAAAGUUCGAAAAUAAAACACUGGAAAAAAAUAUUGCAGAUCUAAUGUAGAACGAUAAAUAUUAAUAUUUGGUCGCAAUUGCCUGACCCGUUGUACAGUCGUUAAAACACAUUGUGGAAAGUUGUUAAAAAAAUUCUACAGUAUCAUACAAGGUACAUUUGAUGUUCUAUCAAUUGAUUCCCAUUCUCGACUCUCUUUUGGCACAAUGAGCCCAUGCAUGAUGGAUACUAACUAAAAAUAAAACGACAAUACCCCAAUAAUGAAUGCAAAUCGCUCGACAGAUAAAAUUGUCUCAAUAAUUACUUACAUGACAUGAAUUUAAGCAAAAACAAUUGACUCGAUCGUACAUAGUGCCCAUAACUCUACUAAACUAAUUUCAUUAUCUAAAAAUUGUAUAAAUAUUUACAUAUAAAUAUUACAAACCAAUAGUUGGUUCGUGACACCACUCACUCAAUGGAGAAAUAAAAAAACCUUGAAAGUU